UGCUUGCUCUCGGCGAGGACAGUUGCCUUAGACUCGGGGACGCGUGCGAGUUGGCUGGCUUCGGUCGCUUCAGAGUUAGACACAACACCUUCGUCAUCCCUUCCUCCUCCUCCUCCUCCUCCUCUCCCUCAUGAUCUUCCUGUUCCCUCACAUCCUUUAGUUCCUCCCUUCCCUUAUUAUUACCAUUCCACACCUUAUCUCCAUCACUCACGGUGGCAAAAGCGCUACUAAGAAAAGAUUGUUGUUUUCUUCCGCUAUUGUGAUUUCAAAACCGAAGCAGAUUCGAACUCCGUCUCGUUGCGAAUUGAGACAAAGAAAAAAAAAAACACGUAAAGAGAAGGAGAAUGAAAGAAAGAGAAGAUAUACAAACAACAAAUCAAACGUAAACCAUAGAUCAAAAUUUCGAAAUCUCUCUUCCAGUUCCAAUUUAGAGAGAGAAAAAAAAAGCGUAAACCGAAAAUAAAAGAAACAGACAAUGCAUCGGCCGACCCAGCAAGAGGCUCAUGAACCCAGGAGAUUCAUGUAGUCCGUAACAGUGACUACUUCAACUCCAUUUUAAUAAACACAAUUGGGUAUCAUCAUGCCCAUGUUUUCCGCGGGGUUUGGGCAUGAAAAAGGCUGCUUCCCUCGAGUGCAACAUAUAACUGAUAUUUUAGAAGACGAGAUUGAUAUCUUGCCCUCCCAGCUUAAGACAGUGGUGGAAGGGAGUGGCAAGCUCGACUUUGGAGAGUAUGAGCUUGAACUUUGGGAUCUGAGGUAUAAUUCUAUGCUUCAAGGCCACGUCAAGAAAAUGCAGGGUGGACGGAAUAACAGUAAAUCGUGGUUGUGCGAUUGGCUCAGACCCAUGUGCCUGCCAAUCACAAUCAUCGUCACGCUGUCAAUGCUGAUUGUUGUCGUUGCCAUUCUUGACGACAACGUGACAAACAACGAGGCCAAGCAGUUGAAUUGUAAUAAGUGCAGUUUCCAGUUGGUUGAGAGCAUCCCAGAGAACCUAACAUACACGCCUGGGAGUGUGCAUUAUCCAAGUAUCUACAAUGCAUGGGUGACUCUUAUCAACAAUGCGGAAACCUCCAUUGAUAUUGCGGCUUUUUAUUGGACGCUCCUGUCGGAUGAUAUUGAAAAGAAGCCUCAUCCUUCUGCGUGGGAAGGGGAAGAUAUUUUGCAUCGUCUUAAUGUCACUGGUCAGCGUCCGAAUAUAGCAAUCAGAAUAGCUCAGAACGCACCAUCGAGAGUGUCUCCACAGCGUGAUAGUGCAAUGCUAGCAGAGGCUGGGGCAGCAGAGGUUCGAAGUGUGAAUUUCUCGCACUUGAUGGGUGCUGGCGUUCUGCAUACGAAGAUGUGGAUUGUUGACGGCAAGCAUAUUUAUCUCGGAAGUGCAAAUAUGGAUUGGCGAUCACUGACGCAGGUCAAGGAAGUUGGUAUCUUGAUCACAAAUUGCUCAUGCUUGGCUGAAGACAUGAGCAAGAUCUUUGAGGUAUACUGGCAGUUGGGCAAGAAAGGAGCUGAGAUUCCUGCUGUUUGGCCUCGCGACUUGCAGACAGAAUUCAACAUAGAGAACCAGAUGUCCUUACCUCUCAGUGGGUCUGAAGUAAAAACUUAUCUCUCGAGUUCUCCACCACCAUUCUGCCCAAAAGGGAGGGCCAAUGACAUUGAUGCUAUUGUUGAUGUCAUAAACAAAGCAGAAAAGUUUGUGUACAUUGCAGUGAUGGAUUAUUUCCCCAGAAUGCUAUACAGCAAAGAUAAGAAGUUUUGGCCAGUUAUUGACGACAGGUUGCGCGCUGCUGCAUACGAGAGGAAGGUGCGCGUGCGUCUCCUAGGGUCGCACUGGAACCACACUCGAGCUGACAUGAAGUAUUUCCUGAAGUCUUUGCAGGAUCUCACAAGCACAUUCACCGGAAUAGAUAUUGAAACUCGCUUGUUUGUAGUGCCGGCAUAUACUGAUGAGCAGCGGAGCAUUCCUUUUGGUCGUGUAAACCACAACAAAUACAUGGUGACAGAUAACACAGCCUAUAUAGGCACAUCAAACUGGAGUGCGGACUAUUUCAUAAACACCGGUGGCAUCGGGUUGAUUGUGAACGAAACGGAUUCAACGGCAACAAAAGGCGGCGAUGCAGAUGCAGAGGCUCCUUCCCUUCGGCAUCAACUUCAGGCUCUGUUCGAAAGAGACUGGACCUCGGAACAUGCAAAACCCAUCGAUGAAUUCUUUUAGCUCGGAUGCGGGAGAGAGUCUGACGAUUAUCUGAGGGUUUUAUCUAUUGUGGGUUUCUUUUUUUAUUACUUAUUUUUAUUGACAAUUUUUAUUCCCAUUAGCUUGCUUGUUUUAUUUAUUUUGAACUGGGUUUACGUUUAUAUAGAUUUAUAUAGUGGUGAAUGCAAUGAUAAUGUUGAAAGAGUGAAUUUUAAUAAAAAACUAUAUGAUGUAUAAAUAAAAUAAGUCAGGAUAUUAAACAGGUGUUUCAUGUCAUAUGGAUAUUAUUGGAAAGUUGCUCUCUAAUUUGUAAGUUAUUGAUAAUUCCACCUAUUUUGAAUAAUAUGUAGGGAUAAAGUAUAUUCCUUUUUUUCUUUUAAACAAUGUGAUAAGAGAAUGUGAUGUAUCAGUAUAUAUUACUGUUUUGAUCUGUUUUUAAUGUUUAAUGAAAUCAUUUUCUGUGUAUUAGAACAUUCACCAGAUGUCACAAGUAUCAUUUCAUAUGCUGGGUAAUAAUAUCAGCAGAAAAGUUACAAAAAGUUAUUAGAUAUAUGUUUGGGAAAUGGUGAUUUGUUAUAUGAAGCAAUUCACUUACUUUUUCCAAAAUUUGAAUGGACAAAAUAAAACCGAUACUGAUCUAGGAUGUAACUGUAAACUUAUAGCCUAUUAAAAUUAUUCUGAUUUUUUUUGUCUUUUUUCGGAAUGCAGUAGGAAGAAAAUUGAAGUCAUGGACAAAACAAACAAAAACUGUCAGUUAAUCAGUGAAUAAUAUAUUGUUGCAUCUCCAGUAUUUUAAAGAAAUGUAUUUGUAAUAAGUACAAUAUUGAUCUUAAAAAAAUAUGGAGAGGUUUAUAAGGCAUUAUCAAAGUCACUGAUUCCAAAAUUUAACACAAAUACACACAACACUGUUCUCAUUUACAUAUAAUUCAUUUUCAGUUAUGGUUUUGUUAUACCUGUGAGUUUGAUUUAGAUGUGCUACUGAUUUUAAUUCUUAAUCAAAAAUAUUAAUGAUAGAGAUGCAGUGAUCACAUAGCACAGUAGCUAAAUCUUUUGUGAUUUACAGUAAGAAUUUAUGUGAUGGGGAUGUAAAUAGCAUUAAUUGUAUAUUUACUUUUGUACAGUGACUUGGCAAAGGGGUGAUGCACUUUUUGCAGCGAGACUGUCAUUGAUUUUUUUUUAACGGCUUAUCUAAAGAGCCUGUUGUAAUGAUAAUAUUGCCUGUAUACUUUUUUCUUGUAUUUGUGUCCAUUUUCUAGACUUCACUUGCAUUCCUUUUACUUCAGAUGAAUUGCAUUUUUAUCAAAAAAUCUGACUUUUCUCUUUUGUCAAGGAAUUGUGGUUAGGAAGAAUGCUUAUUUGAUGGCAAAAUAGUAAAAUUUAUUGUGAUUGUGGUUCAGAUUUUUUUUUUUUUUUUUUUUUUUUUUCUUUAGUAAUGUAGGCUCUUUACAGGAAGCAUAUUUCAUAAUUCAUAAUCAAUGAUUUAUUAAAUAUUCAUAUAUAAAUAUUUAUAUAUAUUUUGAAUUCAUCAAUAUAUACCAAUUUUCACUGUAUAUUGAGACAUACUGUUGUACUAAUGAACAUCAACAUUGUAUAAUCCAAAAAUAGUAUUAGCAGAUAGAAAAUACUCAAUUUUAAAAUUUGUGUAAUGAUAGUUUAAUUACUUUCAUUGGUAAUUUACUAUAAUUAGUUGACAAGAAUUCUAUAAUUACAAAGUGUCAAAAUUUAAGCUUACUUUUAAUAUCAAUUUAUAUAUUUUGUGAUGUGUAUAUUUUUAUAAUGAGAAAUGUACUCCUUUUAGAAGUUUGUCUUUGUGAAGUUAUUCUUUG